AUGUGUCUCGGGCCUCCAACCGAGUCGGGGGCGGGAUCAGGGUCAACUGCGGUGAUAGCAACAACCGUUGUGACCACAGUUGCACUUAUCUCGCUUGCUCGAUACACAUUAUGGCCCGAGAAGCGCGCUGUCAUACCCGGUCCUCUAACGACUAGCUUGCCUAAGCUUUCUCAGUCCGCUCGCUCCGAAAUUCCCUAUCAACCAGACGCAUUCCCGGGCGCCAGAGAUGUAGUUACGCCGUAUGGCAACAUCCGUGUAUAUGAGUUUGGACCAGAAGAUGGCCGUAAAGUUUUAUUCCUUCAUGGGAUCAGUACGUCGUGUAUGACUCUUAAGGGCAUCGCCGUGCCGCUCGCUGAGAAGGGAUGCCGGGUCAUGCUUUUUGAUCUAUUUGGACGAGGCUUUAGCGAUGCGCCUGCUGAUGUGCCCUACGAUACCAGGCUGUUUGUUACUCAAAUAUUGCUCGUAUUGGCAUCAUCUCCCCUAUCAUGGACUGGAGAGAACGGCUUGAGCAUCAUUGGGUACUCUCUCGGCGGUGGCAUCGCCGCCAAUUUCGCCGCCACCUUCCCCCACAUGGUCGAGUCUCUAGUACUUCUAGCACCCGCUGGACUUAUUCGCGCGGAGAACUUCGGGCGUGCGAGCCGACUCGUUUUCACGUCCGGUAUUAUACCCGAGCGCCUUCUUGCGUGGCUUACUAAACGCCGUCUGCGCCAGCCUAUCGCCUCGUCCGUGUCUAAGAAGGUCCGGAAAUCCAUUAACGGCGUAGCUCCAAAAAGCCCCCUUCAGAGCGAAACCAAAGAGGAUUACGUAGACGUCGCCGUGCAAGAAGCAGUAGACCCUGUUGAGGGGGAAGUGCCUCCAACGCCGUUUGAGCGCCAGGUCCUCGGUUAUGUGCACUGGGCCCUUGACUUCCACUACGGCUUCGUGCAGGCUUUCAUGUCGACGAUCCGAUACGGCCCGCUAAUGGAACAGCACGGGUACUGGCGACAGCUAGCCAAGCGGAAGCCUGGAACUACGGCGGUAAUCCUCGCUAAAGACGAUAGCCUUAUCCCAAAGGACGACUACGCCGAAGAUGCCCUCCCACUUCUCGGUGGGGAGGACAACGUGUACUGGCGCAUCGUACCUGGCUCGCACAACUUCCCUUUUACACACGCGACAGAGGCGCUGGAGCGCAUUUAUGAAUUCUGGAGCAUUCAAUGA